AUGUUCCACCGUGCCCGAUCUUCCACUGAGGCUUCAGAAAACCAUGAGCUCCUUCCAACCCCAUCGCGGGGUGGAAGAGACGGAGAUGCCACCCCUGCAUCCUCAAGGCGUCGCGCACAGCCUGGCUCGGUCCUGAGUGCGAUGCUGUAUGGAGUUGCGACAACAGCUCUGGGACGUACAGUUCCGAAUGCGGAUGCAGAGACUGAUACUUUCACACCUCCAAGAGGUGAAGGUGUGCACGAUCGUGUAUUGAACAGGGUAAUGGGUAAGGGGGCUGAGACAGUAAAACCUGCGAGUUCGGGAAAAGAUGCUGCCGGAGGCAAUGCGAAAGUGGAAAACGAGGACACUGAGGCCAAGGACAAAAACAACAGACAAGAUACAAGUCCCACCAUGAAAAGGACUAGGGAUCACGCUCCUGUACCCCUUACACCCGGGGGUGUGUUCCCUCCUGGUCCCGAGGAUAUUUUCGACCCUGCUUCCGGGCACCUUGUCGGUUUGUUGCGGAAUGCUGUACCUCUCGAUGAGGGCGAGUCUUCGACUACUUCCAGGAAGCGACACGACACAUCUUCUGACAAGAUGUGGGCUCAAAUGGCCAAGAUACGGUCAAUUCAAAGUGAAAUAGCUAAGAUGCAUGCAUCGUUAGAUACCGCAGGAAUCGUCGUGGACAGCAUCAAGGACAGGAAAGGGACGGCAUCCAGUGCUGCAUCAAUGCGGAGUGCGAACUUGACUGAUCCUGGAAUGGGUUUCUUUGGACGGAAUAGGAGCAUGAGUGAGGCUCCGCCCCCUCAAGUUUCUGACGACGAAUUUGCAAGGAGAAAGGAAAAUGUCGGCGAAAUCAUGAAGAAACUCAAAGUGCUUUCGGAGGCUGUUACCACCUUGCAUGCCCAACCCCCGCCUCCUCUCGACUUCCCACCUGCUUCCCAUGCCACCCAUUCUCACACCGACUCACUAUCCCCCUCAAACUCUCUCGACUCUGGGGCCAAUGGAUUCGACUCGCCCAACCAAGCUUCACCAGUGUUCCAUUUUGACGUGCCCUCUUCUCACUACGCCAAGUUCACACCAAUAUCCAGUCCCCUUUCCGCCCCUCCCUCUCGCUUUGCAUCUCCCAAUUUAGCAAAUAACCCGCCACAAAAGGCAGGCAGCCCCACACCCGUUGCCCCGGUCCCAGGCGGAUCCCCAGCCAUGUCCAACUUACCUUCAUUCCUUGUCACCUCCUCCCUCAACUACGGCGCCGGGACAGGGAGCGGUCCCGUUGUAGACCGCAAAGUAAACACUGUCCCUCCUAACGUGGGUUUAAAUUCAUCCCAGUCACUAUCCUCUUCGAAUCCUCCUUGGCCGCUUAAUGUCCCGCUCCCAACGACUCAUGGAACGAGAAAGCUUUCGACACUAUACGAACCACUAGACAGUCCUUCCUCCCCCCCGUUUCAGCUUCCCACGAGUAAAGAUUUUGACCCAUCUACGACGAGCAGAUUCCCAGGAGAGGAAGGCGAGAUGUACGACUUUGUCGAGGAUUCUGGUGUGGAGAGAGGGGAGGGACAAGACUCCGGGAUGCGGGCGGAUUACGCUCAUGCACACCUGUUAGAUGGUGUUGUAAAUGACAGCACGACCACGGGAACCAAGUUCGCACCGGUAGUCCAUGAUAGUCCAGUGGGUACACCUACCAGCUUGUAUCAUGAGAGGGGGGAUAGGUAA